GGUCAUGUGUCAUUCGUCACUAGCACAAAAUAAAUGGGAUUUAAAUCUUAAAUGGAUUUCAGCGUUGAUCGUAGAAUCAUGUUUUUGUGACGAAAAUUGUUUGCAUUAUUAGAUCUUCCAUUCACUAGUAAUAUUGAAUUCGGUGUGCCUUGACUGUUUAUACAAUAUUCAGCUGAGGAAAUAGUGAAUUAAAUCACCAGCUGCUUGCUAGCCAAUAAUGAUCAGUGGAAGGAUAAAGAGCGGCAAGAAGUAUUGAAUAACAAACCAUCGAAGCAAGUAGCCGUGUGUACAUUAGUCGACCGAAUUAGAAAAAAAUGUGCAAGUGCUGCAGUACCGCUCAGAAGCAGUACUGGGUGUUUGGUUGUGGUGUUUUUUUGCUUCUACUUGCACUUAUAGUUGGACUAUUAUGGCCGACACUAGCGUGGAACAUUUUGUACUCGCAAUUGAGACUCGGUGAUGGUUCACCAAACUAUGACAAUUGGAUCGAAACGCCACUUCCCAUGUACAUGGAAAUUACAAUGUUCAACUGGACCAAUACGCAUGAAGUGCAUAAUCCAGACGUUAAGCCGUUAUUGGUUGAAUGCGGUCCAUAUGUGUUCCUUGAAAAUCACAAACGUACGAAUGUAACUUGGAAUGAAAACGGUACGGUCACAUACAAUCAAAUUCGAACGUGGCAAUUUGUGCCGGACUUAUCGAAUGGAACAUUGGAUGAUGAGAUAACAACAUUGAAUAUGAUCUCAGCUUCCGUUGCGUACGCCGUACGAAAUGAUGGUCCGCUGAUAAAAUUGGGAGUGAAUGUCAUACUAAACACUCUCGGUGGAAGUUUGUUUGUCACGGAAAAAGUUGGCGAAUUUUUGUACGACGGCUACCACGAUCCGCUGCUGGAUUAUUUGAAAUCAACGAAUUCAACCGUUUUUAACAUACCAUUCGAUAGAUUCGGAUGGUUCGUGGAUCGAAACAAUUCAUGGAGUUAUGACGGAACGUUUAAUAUGAACACCGGAGAGAAUGACAUGACCAAAAUGGGCAUGUUGAACGAGUGGAAUUAUCACAGCAAGACCGAUUUUUACUCCGGUGGUUGCUCGGCAAUCAAUGGAACAACGGGCGAACUGUGGCCGCCUAAGAUAAAUUCCGAUGGAGAUCUGACUCUCUUUGUAUCUGACAUCUGUCGAUCGGUGAGUCUUGCCCCGACCUCGGAAACAAUCGAAAGACAUGGCGUCACUGCAUCGAAAUGGAUUGGAGAUUAUCGAGUGUUCGACAAUGGCGUCAACUACCCGCCGAAUGAAUGCUUUUGCACUGCUGACGAAACAGAAUGCCCGGAUUUAGCGCCAGGACUUUAUAACGUAUCGGACUGUAGAUUCGGUGCACCUGUCUUCAUUUCGUAUCCACAUUUCUAUUUGGCCGAUCCCAGCUACGUCGAAGCUAUAGACGGAUUGAAUCCAUCUAAAGAGGAACAUGAAUUUGCAAUGUCUUUGCAAGCUGAUACUGGUAUUCCUGUCGAAGUGAAUGCCAGAAUGCAGCUCAAUGUUUUAUUGCAACCAGUUACUGGUUUAGCCUUGUACACAAACGUGCCGCAUAUCAUGGUGCCUAUGUUCUGGUUUACGCAGAGAGUUGAGUUGGACGAAACGUUGGCGGGAAGGGCUCGGCUAGCGGUAAUGUUGCCAUCAGUUGGUGUGUACGCAUCGUACGGAAUUCUUGGUCUCGGCGCCAUACUCCUGAUUGUUGGCAUUACGUUAACGUUAACAAACAAAUGGAAUUCACACACACGAUUCCAGAACGAAAGUGACAAUGAAUUGGAAACGUAAUCAGAUGCCGGGGAAAAUAUAGAAAUAGAUAUGAGUCGGCUGAGGUGUUACAGUCAGUCAGUCAACUUUUUUUUUUUAUUAUUCAGUUACCAAAAAAUCAUUUAGUCAUCAGGGAGACCUCAACGUAUAAUUAUUGUAACUCUAUGUCAAUACCACCAGAAAUAAUCAUGGCCUUACAAGGAAGUCGAUACUAGGUUGACCAUAUCAUAUUUUACGGGAUUAUUAUUGUCAUAUCGUAACCGUUUACAUAAUUUUAAGAUUCAUUUCCUUGAAACAGUUUUUAAUACCGAAGUGCCAAAAAAGUCAAAAAUGUUAGUCUAAGCGAGAAACUAUGUUGAGAUAUGAUUGUAUACCGGACGUUGUAUAGCUUGUGUCUAUAUUUUGAACGAUUUUUUGUUUGGUUAUUGUAAGAGAUGAGAUUUGAACAAAUUAUAUUGAAUAUUAAGCAAUUCCAUUGAAUAUUUUACGCAAAAUUAAAAAAAGUAUUUUUACCAAUAAAA